CUUCUAUGGACAUUGAACUCCCAGCUACCUGUGCCUAUUGCCUGUGAUGGAAGAACUUGAUGUUAAUGUGAGUUCGAGUGAGGGCUUCGGCGUAGCGGAGAAGAUUGUGCUGCUCACCUUCAUCUCCGCCGUUAUACUGAUGGCCAUCCUGGGGAACCUGCUGGUGAUGGUGGCCGUGUGCCGGGACAGGCAGCUCAGGAAAAUCAAGACCAAUUAUUUCAUUGUUUCCCUUGCCUUUGCGGACCUGCUGGUGUCUGUGCUGGUGAUGCCAUUUGGGGCCAUUGAGUUAGUUCAGGACAACUGGAUUUAUGGAGAGAUGUUCUGCCUGGUCCGAACGUCCCUCGAUGUCCUGCUCACCACAGCGUCAAUCCUGCACCUGUGCUGUAUCUCUCUGGACAGGUACUAUGCUAUCUGCUGCCAGCCUCUGGUUUACAGAAACAAGAUGACUCCAUUGCGCAUCGCCGUAAUGCUUGGAGGGUGCUGGGUAAUCCCAACAUUUAUUUCUUUCCUCCCUAUCAUGCAAGGCUGGAAUAGCAUUGGCAUCAUUGAUCUGAUCCAGCAAAGGCAGUUCAACAAGGCUUCCAACUCCACUUACUGCAUAUUCAUGGUCAACAAGCCAUACGCCAUUACCUGCUCCGUGGUGGCCUUCUACAUUCCCUUCCUCUUGAUGGUGCUGGCCUACUACCGCAUCUACGUCACGGCCAGGGAGCACGCCCGACAGAUCCGGGUGCUGCAGCGUGCGGGGGCCCCCACCGACGGCCGGCAGCACCACCCGGACCAGCACAGCACGCACCGCAUGAAGACUGAGACCAAAGCUGCCAAGACCCUGUGCAUCAUCAUGGGAUGCUUCUGCUUGUGCUGGGCCCCCUUCUUUAUCACAAACAUAGUGGACCCUUUCAUAAACUACACGGUGCCAGGAAAGCUGUGGACAGCUUUCCUGUGGCUGGGCUACAUCAAUUCAGGGUUGAACCCUUUCCUCUACGCCUUCCUGAACAAGUCUUUCAGACGUGCCUUCCUCAUCAUCCUGUGCUGUGGUGAUGAGCGAUACCGAAGGCCUUCCAUCUUGGGGCAGACGGUCCCCUGUUCCACCACCACAAUAAAUGGGUCAACUCAUGUACUAAGGUACGCUGUUUUACGUAAUGGGCAUCAUCAGGAACAUGAGAAGCUUCCCAUCCACAAUGACCCUGAAUCCCAAGAGUCCUGUUUCUAGUCACAGCCCUAGAAGAGGAAUGGCUCAGCUGAAGGAAGAGAUUCUUUUUAGGAUACCCAAAGGAUUCAUGGACAGCAGGACUUUAUGAAGACUCAUUCAUCUGCAUUGUCAUGGUGCCUCCUGCACUGACUUCAUAUGAAUGUCCAGCUGCAUGAUGGGGGCACAGGAAGGUACAUGAGCCAAACAGCUCUGGAGACUUUCCUGUAUCUGCAAGGACAGCAGGAUUAUACGACUGUCAGAGCCUUACUCCACGAGUGAGCUGAUUUCUGUCAACGUAAGGAAACAACACAGAUACAAACCACCAGUGCAAGGACUUCUGUUAUUCCUUUCCAGCUGCCAUCUGUGUACAAGCCACCUCUGUGUCCUGUGAUAUCAUGAUCUUAAAGAUUACAAGUUCUGGCUAGAGCCCUUACAUGAUGUGAGACUAAAUGCCUGCUUGAUCUGCACCAGAUCCUGCCUGCCGGUGACCAGCUGCUGUCAGGAAAGAAACAGCACUACUUUUUAUUUAGCAAAAUAAGAGGAAACGUUUGCCAUUUGAUUAUAGUUACUGUUGAAAGGUCAGCAUGAGCUGCUGAUUCACCCUACCCUUCAGAGCUUUCUUUGUAAAUGCUUUUCUUGUGGUUCCUGGGCAAGUUCAUUGAUAGAAGACUCAUAGGGUGUACAUAGUGCCUGACAAGCUGGAGUGGGACCUACAGAGACUUUUCACCACUAACAGAAGGUCCUGCAAGUGGUGCUUCAAUCCAGCUCAAUUUCUAAAAAACAGUGGCCAACCUCUGCCAUUUGAAGGCCAACGAAUGGGAUGUGGCCCUCAAACCCCAGGCAAACUGCCAGUGCUGUCCUCAUCUGAGCAAACUUUGGGCAUUCUUACCAAGAAGAAAUGUUGGCCAAGAGAGACUCAGUCUGUAAUAGAUCACUAAGUGCCAUCUUGAAAAAUAUACCAUCCAAAAAAACUUUUCUAGCUACAUUGGAAAGGCAGACUUCUACUUACAUUUUCCAUCUUUAUUUUUCUAUUUGUUUCUGUUCUCUUCCAGUUGAGGCAAGAAGUUUCAAGACUUUCAAAUAUCACCAUAUGCACAUCUGCAAAAAUCUCAGUACUUAGCUGCUUCCUGCAUGUAGAUGUUGCUAUGUUCCUUGUGAGCUGCUUCCAUCUUUGCAUGGAAAGGGUAGACAAGGCUGUAGACUUCAUAACUUUGUGAAAAUGCAGUAAGAAAUAUGCAGGAUCAAGACUACAAGCCUCUACCCUUUUUAGAUAAAGAUCUAACCCAGAGAUGCCACCCUGAGCCUAGAAAAUAAAAUUGUACUUUGUUAUAUUGUGUAAUCAUGUACAGAUAUUUUUAAUGUAAAAAGAAAAGGUGACAUUAUUUAUUAUUUUUUAUCAGGAAUGUGUUUUUUUUCAUGAAAAGCUUCUAGACCCAGGAGCUUAACAUUAUAUGUAUUAUUAUUUAGUAAUAUUUGUUGCUAUGUGACAGGUAUUUACUGUAAACAAACAAACAAAUCUUGCUUUGAACAAACCAAAAUGUUGCUUAGUAGGAAAAAAAAUUAUGCAUGAUAAGAGCCACUGGCUUCCUUGCCAUGGUGUCUGACUUCUUUAAAUACUUCUUCCACAUAAAACUAAACUGAUAAAGCUUCACACCUUUUUCCUAUAGGAUUCAAAGUUUACUGGGCAGAAACAGACCUAAUUAGAAGAAACCAGACACUUACCAAUUCAGAAAAUUGCUAGCAGUUAGAGAAAAACUAUUGGUGUUUGUGGUGAUAGGUGCAGAUGGGAAGAACAUGAGCUAUUUGAAAAGAGAGGGUGAGAUAGUUUGAGCCAAUUCCUGAUUCAUCAUUAGGAAGAGUUUGGCAAUGACUUGUUUUUACAAGGUUGUGUUUCCAAAAGAACUCGUUAUCACUUCAACUCUAUUGUUAACACCAAAACAGAACAGUGGGUGAAAAAACCAGGCCAUUAUUGGAAGUUUGAAAAAAAAAAAAAAAAAUCUAUCCCAGCUGCUUCAGUCCUGUGAUCUACACCUCUGUGGAACUGCUCUCAUGGGUUUUUGUCUGGAUUUGAGUAUGCAAGACUGCAGAAUAGGUGGUCUUGGUUUCACUUCAAGUAUCAAAUUUCUUAAAGAAAUCCUAUAAAACCUCUUCUCUGUCCCCAUCAAAAGGCAUCAAAAUAUUAGUGUGAAAUUCCUUGGAGUGAUACGGAACCAGCAGCAUGGGGAUGCUAUAGUGAUGGUGUUCUUUGUUUCUACUGUUGUCGUUGAAGUGUUGUUUUCUCCUAUAUUUUUAUGUGCUAUAGUAAUAUAUCUCUUAAUUUAAAAUGAACUUCUCAACACUGAAUUUUACUCAUGGGCAAUGUUCAGAAGGCUCUAUAAAUAGGAUCAGUAGCUCACUAGCCAAAGUGGUCAACAGUUCUGAUUGGAAAAAGGCUUCAAUUCCAAACACUCUAUUUGAAUGAAAUACCAAACAUGCAAUUUCCAUGUUCUGUGUCAUCCCUGGCUAAUUGCUCAUUGGACUCAGUAAACCUGUCACGAACCACCUGGCAGCUCCCGCUUAAUAAAUCAAUCUCAGCCAUGCUUCUUUGAACCCAUUAAAUUACAUUGUCCAUCAUCAGUAAUGUUAGAUUUUCUAUGGAAAAGAAGCUGUCUCAUGGAAAGAACCCAUACUCGAUCUCCUUUGCGAAAGGUAGCUGCUCCUGUAGCCUCUGAGUUCAUCUUCCCAUUGAUCAUUUUGGCUAGCGGUGUCAAGAGUCUUUGCCUGUGCUGAGUAACGUGUAAC